UGUGAUUGGGGAAAUGACUGUUUCCUGUGUCCUCUGAUUGGUCGGCGGGGUCGCGCCAGUUUGAUUGCUGCUGUAUGUGUGUCCGGGUUCUGCUACUUUUGGCGCCAGGAGGAUCCGCUCAGCUGUCGGUAGUACAGUCCCUCAAACAUGGCCCCUGUGUCCAACGGAGACAGCCCUCAGCAGCACGACAUGGCAGAUUCUGGAAGUUUUGCAGCUUCCCGGUCACGACGUGAAAAAAACGAAAAGAAAGGCCGUAAGGAAGCCUUUGAACGUUUGAGAAAACUAAAAGCUGGUGAAAAAUUAAAGUAUGAAGUGGAAGAACUUACAAGUGUUUAUGAAGAAGUAGAUGAAGCAUCUUACUCAAAGAUUGUCCGUGAACGUCAAGAUGACGACUGGAUAGUUGAUGAUGAUGGGGAAGGAUAUGUGGAGGAUGGACGAGAAAUUUUCGACGAUGACCUUGAAGAUGAUGCGCUUGCUACUAAAGGAAAAGGAAGCAAGGGAGCAGCUAAAGAGAAAACAAAUGUGAAGAAAUCAUCUGUAUCCAAACCAAAUAAUAUUAAAUCCAUGUUUAUGGCCAGCGCUGGGAAAAAAUCUUCAGAUAAGUCUGUGGACCUGUCAAAGGAUGAUUUAUUAGGCGAUUUAUUGCAAGAUUUAAAAUCCCAGCCUACACAGAUAACACCACCACCAAUAGUGAUGCUAAAGAAGAAGAGGCCUGCUGGUGCACCACUCAACCCUUUUUCCAUCCCUGCUGCUCCUUCAGCUAUGAAGGCUUCUCCAGCAAGUGUUAGGAAAGUUGCCCCUGUGGUAAAGCAAGAACGUGUGUCUAUUCCACCUCCUAAAAUCCCCUGCAAUUCAUCUUAUAAAAAAGUGGUGGUUCAGAAAGAGAAUCUUGUAGAAACUGAAAACAGUGGAAGUAGGAUUAAAGAGGAGGAAGCAUCAAAUGAAGAGGAGCAAGCAAUGGUUGAGUUUGAUGAUGGAGAUUUCGAUGAACCUAUGGAGGAAGAUGUGGAAGUCAAACCCAAUGCUGGUAUAACCGUGAAAGCGGAAACUCAUAAAGAGGAUGUCAAAGAAAUGAAUGCUAAAUCUUUUAUAAAUGCUACAGUCUCCGAGUCUUGCUGGGACCAAAUGGCAAAUGAGACUGAACCUGUGACAAAUGAAGUCCAGGUAGACUCCAGCCUUCUUCCUUUAGUAACUGGUGAAGAUGGGGAUCAAGUCUUUAGAUUUUAUUGGCUGGAUGCUUAUGAAGAUCAGUACAACCAGCGAGGUGUUGUGUAUUUGUUUGGAAAAGUUUGGAUUGAGUCAGCGGAAGCUUAUGUCAGUUGCUGUGUUAGUGUGAAAAACAUUGACCGAACCAUUUACCUUUUACCACGUGAAACAAGAAUCCAGUUACAAUCAGGACAAGAUACUGGUGUUCCAGUGACCAUGAUGAAUGUUUACCAAGAAUUCAAUGAUCACAUUGCAGAAAAAUAUAAGAUAAUGAAAUUCAAAUCUAAGAAAGUGGAAAAGAAUUAUGCAUUUGAGAUUCCAGAUGUGCCAGCUAGCUCCGAGUACCUAGAGGUUCGAUAUUCUGCAGACUUGCCCCAACUUCCUCAAGACCUAAAAGGAGAAACAUUUUCACAUGUCUUUGGAACAAAUACUUCAAGCUUGGAGCUUUUCUUGCUUAGCCGGAAGAUAAAAGGGCCCAGCUGGCUAGAAAUAAAGAGCCCACAACUGAACAAUCAACCUAUUAGCUGGUGUAAGGUUGAAGUGGCGGUCUCAAAGCCUGAUCAAGUGAAUGUUGUGAAGCAUCAGUCACCACCUCCAAUCAUUGUCAUGUCUCUUAGUAUGAAGACUGUCCAGAAUCCAAAGACUCAUCAAAAUGAGAUUGUUGCUUUGGCUGCUCUGGUUCAUUACAAAUUCCCCCUUGAUAAAGCACCACCUCAUCCGCCAUUCCAGACUCACUUUUGUGUUCUUACUAAACCAAGUGACUGCAUCUUCCCCUAUGAUCACAAAGAAGCAAUGAAACGAAAGAAUGCACACAUUGAAAUUGCUUUGACAGAAAGGACUCUUCUAGGCUUUUUCCUUGCAAAAGUACACAAAAUUGACCCAGAUGUCAUAGUGGGUCAUGAUAUAUAUGGUUUUGACUUGGAAGUCCUGCUUCAAAGGAUUAAUUUAUGUAAAGUUCCAUUCUGGUCCAAGAUAGGGCGACUAAGACGAUCAACUAUGCCGAAGCUUGGGGGCCGUAGCGGUUUUGCGGAGAAAAAUGCAGCCUGUGGUCGCAUUAUCUGUGACGUUGAGAUUUCUGCUAAAGAGCUAAUCCGGUGUAAAAGCUAUCACUUGUCUGAACUGGUCCAUCAUAUACUAAAAACUGAACGUAUUACAUUCCCGCCAGAAAACAUUCGCAGUGCUUACAGUGAGUCUUCACAGCUACUCUACAUGUUGGAGAACACCUGGAUGGACGCCAGUUUUAUUCUGCAGAUCAUGUGUGAACUGAAUGUCCUGCCCUUAGGACUACAGAUCACCAGUAUUGCAGGAAAUGUUCUGUCAAGGACAUUGAUGGGCGGCCGCUCAGAACGAAAUGAAUACCUUCUGCUUCAUGCUUUCUAUGAAAAUGAUUUCUUGGUGCCUGACAAGCAGUUUAACAAGAAAAAUCAGCAGACUGUGGUAGCGGAUGAUCAAGACAUGGAUACAGAUCAAAAUAAAAACAAGAAAGGCCGGAAGAAGGCUGCAUACGCUGGUGGCUUAGUUCUGGACCCUAAAGUUGGUUUUUAUGACAAAUUCAUAUUACUCCUGGAUUUCAACAGCUUGUACCCCUCAAUCAUACAAGAGUAUAACAUCUGCUUCACCACAGUGCACCGGACAACUACUAAUGGUCAGAACACAAAAGAGGGUGAAGAUCAAGAUGAAAUUCCAGAGCUGCCUCAUUCAGAUCUAGAGAUGGGAAUCUUACCUCGGGAGAUCCGGAAACUGGUGGAGAGAAGACGUCAUGUCAAGCAACUGAUGAAACAGCCUGACCUGAAUCCUGACUUGUAUUUGCAGUAUGACAUCAGACAGAAGGCUCUGAAGCUCACUGCCAACAGUAUGUAUGGAUGUUUAGGAUUUUCAUACAGUAGAUUCUAUGCCAAACCCUUGGCUGCGCUGGUCACUCACCAAGGAAGAGAGAUUCUGCUGCAUACCAAGGAGAUGGUUCAGAAGAUGAACUUGGAAGUAAUUUAUGGUGAUACAGACUCCAUCAUGAUAAACACGAACUGCAACAACCUGGAAGAGGUUUUCAAGCUGGGAAACAAGGUUAAAAGUGAGAUCAACAAAUCGUACAAACUGCUAGAGAUUGACAUUGAUGGAAUCUUUAAGUCUCUUCUGCUGUUGAAGAAAAAGAAAUAUGCAGCACUCAUCGUGGAGCCGACAGGGGAUGGCAAAUAUACAACUAAGCAGGAACUGAAGGGUCUUGACAUUGUCAGGAGAGACUGGUGUGAGCUUGCUAAAAUGGCUGGAAAUUACGUGAUCAGUCAAAUUCUGUCGGAUCAACCCCGGGAUACCAUAGUUGAAAAUAUUCAGAAAAAGUUAAUGGAGAUUGGGGAGACUGUGGUUAAUGGCGGUGUACCUGUCAGCCAGUAUGAAAUUAAUAAGGCCCUAACAAAGGACCCACAGGACUACCCUGACAAAAAAAGCUUGCCACAUGUACAUGUUGCCUUAUGGAUAAAUUCUCAAGGUGGAAGGAAGGUUAAGGCGGGGGAUACCAUCUCCUAUGUGAUUUGUCAGGAUGGGUCAAAUCUUAGUGCCAGCCAGAGAGCAUAUGCUCCUGAACAGCUGCAAAAACAAGACAACCUUUCCAUUGACACACAAUACUACCUGUCACAACAAGUCCACCCAGUGGUGUCUCGAAUCUGUGAGCCCAUAGACGGGAUAGACUCUGCUCUUAUUGCUGCAUGGCUAGGACUUGAUCCAUCACAGUUUCGGGUUCAGCAUCACUAUCAGAAAGAUGAAGAAAAUGAAGCUUUGUUGGGAGGUCCUGCUCAGAUAACCGAUGAAGAGAAAUACAGAGACUGUGAGCGUUUUAAGUUCUGCUGCCCCAAAUGUGGAAUGGAGAACAUAUAUGACAAUGUUUUUGAUGGCUCGGGACUGCAGAUUGAACCAAGCUUACUCCAAUGCAGUAAACCAGAAUGCAGUUCUUCACCAUUGGAGUAUACAAUGCUGAUCCACAAUAAGCUUCUCUUAGACAUAAGACGACACAUAAAGAAGUAUUACAUAGGUUGGCUAGUAUGUGAAGAACAGACCUGCCAGAACCGGACACGUCGUGUUCCCCUUAACUUCUCCCGCAGUGGGCCAAUCUGCCAGGCCUGUAUGAAAGCAACUUUACGGUCAGAAUACCCGGAGAAAGCCUUGUACACUCAGUUAUGUUUCUAUCGAUUUAUCUUUGACUGGGAUUAUGCGCUGGAGAAGGUUGUUACAGAGCAGGAGAAAGGGCACCUGAAAAAGAAGCACUUUCAAGAGGCAGAAACUGCAUACAAGAAGUUAAAGCACACUGUCGACCAAGCUCUCUCACAUAGUGCUUACUCAGAAGUGAAUCUCAGCAAGCUAUUUCAGACCCUCGCCGCUAUCAAGUAGAGCUGUAUCUUACAAAUUGGCUCCUUAUUUUAAGAUGGACACAUUUUUCAUGAUUUUUUUUUUUUCGGUUUCUUUUCUUCGGGGCUUAACCUGGGAAAUCUUUUCUUCACGAU